UUUGUAUAUUCAUAAAAACUUUGGAAUAACUUUCAAACUUUUUGAAAUAAUCAAAAUUAGCUGGUUUCAUUUUCGUAAACAUGCACAUAAACCCCAUAAUCCGAUCUAUUCUCAACCAUUUCAGAGGUCGCACCAUCAGAAAUUAUCUGGUUGUUCUGCCCGAUCACAGUCGCAUAGAGAAACAGCUAAAGCUGGAGGAUCUGCGAAGCGAACGUGGAGUCUUGGAUCUGCGAUCCCAUGAGCUGGCACUCCAGCAAAAGCGCGUCGAGGCCAAUCUAACCGAUCUGACGCGCUGCAUCAGGGGCAUGGAGUUCGAUGUGAAGGUGCAUGCCAGUCCCGGGAGGAAGGAGAGGAAGCAGGCCCCGCCAAGUGAUAAGAAAUCAGCCAAAGUUGGUGAUAUCAGCGAAUAGCGAAAUCCCCUCGGGUGCUUCCCAAUCCCAGGGGCUCUAGUAUGUAUACGCGGCGUAUAAAAACAAACACUUGCUGGAGGCUGGCAUUCAGAAACACUCGAGAUUGCCAAUCAUGAAGCUAUUCGCAUUGUGCU